CCGACUCAUACGAACGAUUCACCGCGCUGUGUUUGGUCCAGCCCAGCCAGUACUGUGGAGUUUAUUUGUUAAAUUUUCGACAUUUCCCUAAAAUCUAUAGUACCUGCACUUUGGACUUUUAGUCACAGGGAAGUUUGGCCUUUAUCACCUGUGAUCACCUCCGUCUGCAUCAUGUCUCUGACAGUGUCUCAGGGAGAGGGUUUGACGGUCAUCACCGUCUCCUCAAACCCAAAGAGCAAAUGGCCCGUACUGUGUCAGAUCCUGAAACUUCUGUGCUGCAGUCCAGUGUGUUCUGUAUCUCAGAAUAUGAAAGGAAAGCUGACGAACAUCCACACAGCUCUCGGGACUACACAGAUAAUAGUAGGAGUCAUCAAUAUUGUGUUGGGGAUUUUGCUUCAAAGCGUUUGGAUAUGGAACACCAUUUCUGAAAGUGGGGCUGGUUUUUGGAUCGGUGGUGUGGUCCUUGUGGCUGGAAUCGUGACUAUUCUCGGAGCUAAGUUUCCCAGUCCUUGUCUGCUGGUUAUUGCAAUGCUUUUUAACAUCGUCAGUGGUGCACUGGCUAUCACAGCUGUUGUGCUGUAUUCAGUGGACUUGGCUGAGGGAAAUAAUCCAUACUGCGCGACCGAUGAUUAUUAUACGAAUUACGGUACCUAUGUAACGUCUUCCCCUGAAAAGACGAGGAGACUGGAGAUCUGCAUGCAGUACAAAUAUCUAGUUCAGAUGAUCGUCGGAGGACUGGAUAUCAUGAUGUUGGUGUUGUCGGUCCUUCUACUCUGUGUGAACAUUAGUGUCUGUGUUUUGACUGGGAAAGCUUUGUGCAAGAAGGAUGAAGAUGCAAAGUCGGUGGAGGAUCCAGAACUUCACAAGCCGCUCCUGGAAGACGCCAUUGUCGCUCCUGCAUGUUAGAGAGAGAGAACAUACAAAGCCACAAAUAUAUACAGCAAAUGCACCGCCUGUCAAUAUAGUACUCAGAUUACUUAAAGCAGAUUAUACAUUGAUGCAUGAUUAUUCUUACAAGGUGUUCUUCUUAAACGUUUUGCUACUAAUGCAUGCUUUUUGAAAUAAAUGACAUGAGAACUUUGGCAUCAUCCGUUUUUAUAUAUACUGUUUUGUUCCUUUUGUAUUAAGUUUCAAAUAAUUAAAAUGUAAAAUAUAAAAUAAAAAGUUUAAAUCAA